ACAAGUUGUGAACUGGGCAGCUGUGACACGCACAUCUUGUCACCUUGUCACCAAUUUCCUGCCGGGGAUCCCAGAGCCACCCUUGUUGGAGCCCACAGGGGUAAGGUCGAGCUUCUCACUUUCCCUCCAGUGAAGCUUGGCGGCAUGGGAAGAAUUUUGGCAGUGUCGAGGUCUGAGUUUUAGUGCGUUCCCCUUUCUGGGCGUCAGUUUCUCCCUGGCAGCCCUUGGCUGGUCCCUGCACGCCCGUGGACACCGCCGGAGAUGUCCUCUUUUGGUUUCGGGACCCUGACCGUGGCCCUCUUUGCCCUGGUCUGCUGUUCAGGAUCUGAUGAGAAGGCAUUCGAGGUACAUGUGAGGCCAGAGAAGCUGAUAGUAGAGCCCAAGGAGUCCCUCAAGGUCAACUGCAGCACCACCUGUAACCAGCCUGAAGUGGGUGGCCUGGAGACCUCUCUAAAUAAGAUUCUGCUGGCCGAACAGGCUCAGUGGAAGCAUUACUUGAUCUCAAACAUCUCCCAUGACACGGUCCUCUGGUGCCACUUCACCUGCUCUGGGAAGCAGGAGUCAAUGAGUUCCAACGUCAGCGUGUACCAUGCCUGGUCACCGGAAAUCAACAUGUCUGUAAAACUGCCAUGCAGUCCAGCCUCCAUCCUCAACUGCCGCCCUCUUCCUCUCUGCACUGGAGCUGGCCAGGCCACCUCCUCCCCGACCGUGGAACACCAUGAGCCUCCAAAACAGGUCUUCCUCACACUGCAGCCCACUUGGGUGGCCGUGGGCAAGUCCUUCACCAUCGAGUGCAGGGUGCCCGCCGUGGAGCCCCUGGACCGCCUCACCCUCUUCCUACUCCGUGGCAAUGAGACUCUGCACAGUCAGACCUUCGGGAAGGCAGCCCCUGCCCUGCAGGAGGCCACAGCCACAUUCAGCAGCACGGCUCACAGAGAGGACGGUCACCACAACUUCUCCUGCCUGGCUGAGCUGAACUUGACGUCUCGCGGUGGCGACGUCUUUCAAAAACACUCAGCCCCGAAGAUGCUGGAGAUCUAUGAGCCCGUGCCGGACAGCCAGAUGGUCAUCAUCGUCCUAGUGGUGUCAGUGUUGCUGUUCCUGUUCGUGACAUCUGUCCUGCUCUGCUUCAUCUUCAGCCAGCACUGGCGUCAGAGGCGGACGGGCACCUACGGGGUGCGAGCGGCUUGGAGGAGGCUACCCCAGGCCUUCCGGCCAUAGCACACAUAAGUGGCAUGGCCACCGCUAUGGUGGUCACUGGAACUCAGUGUGACUCCUCAAGGUUGAGGUCCAGCCCUGGCCGAAGGACUGUGACAGGCAGCAGAGACGUGGGACAUUGCCUUUUCUAGCCCGAAUACAAACACCUGGACUUAG